AUGGCUCUUCCGUCACGCAGCUCAGCACAGGCUCCUUCGGAACGUCUUGAAGAGAUCAUCUCUGGUGAAGGUCGGAUAGAAGAGCUGUCAGAUUCAUCGCUCAAUUCAGAAGACGAGUACGAAGACAUGGGUACCGCGACCCCUGAAGAGCAGGCGAACAUAGCUUAUUUGGAGAGCGUCCGCAUACCAAUCCAGGAGGAACUACAGACGAGUACAUCUACGACACAGGAUGAUACCCUCAAAGUCGUCCUGCCGUUUCUGGAGGGAAAUCCAAACGAUUUUCCCCUCAACUCACACGGCAUCCCAACUUUGCAACGCAAGAAACAUGUGGCGUUUCUGGAAGACGCACUGGACGACUACCCUGCCGGUUUCGCUAUGAUGGACGCUUCACGACCGUGGAUGGUUUACUGGGCUCUUCAAGGCUUGACAGCUUUAGGUGAAGAUGUGUCAGAACACCAGCGACGAACAGCACACACAUUCUCCCUAGCUCAGCAUCCUGAGGGCGGAUUUGGAGGUGGCUACGGUCAAAUGCCGCAUCUCGCCUGUUCGUAUGCCGCCAUACUUUCGCUUGCCACAACUGGUGGCACUGCAGCCUACGAAUCGAUCAAUCGCAAAACCAUGUGGCACUUCCUGGGCCGUAUGAAGCAAGCGGAUGGAGGUUUCACCAUAUGUCAAGGCGGCGAGGAGGAUAUCAGGGGUGCCUUCUGUGCCAUGGUCUUACUGUCGCUUCUGAACCUUCCUCUUGAGCUGCCAAACGACUCACCGGCUCGGCAACAAGGCCUUACAUCAUUCACGGACAACCUUGGUGAUUGGGUCUCCAAAUGUCAGUCCUGGGAUGGUGGCAUCUCCGCGGCACCUGGGAACGAGGCUCACGGUGCCUACGCAUUCUGCGGAUUAGGGUGUCUUUCCAUCCUCGGACCCCCGAAGGAGACGUUGAACAAGUACCUCGACAUACCACUUCUUGUCCACUGGAUGUCUUCCCGCCAAUGUACGCCCGAGGGUGGCUACAAUGGCCGGACUAACAAGCUCGUCGACGGCUGCUACUCGCACUGGGUCGGAGGCUGCUGGUCGCUUGUCGAAGCCGCAACGACCAAAGGCGUCUGGAAUCGCGCCGCUCUAGGGCGCUACAUCCUAGCAGCUGCACAAGAAAAGAAGGGUGGCCUGAGAGAUAAGCCCGGGAAGCGCUCUGAUGCGUAUCACACUUGUUACAAUUUGGCUGGCUUGAGCGCUGCUCAACACCAUUACGUGUAUGAUGAGAACAUCAACAAAGGUCUCGGUGAGGUCGGGCUGGGUGCGCCGUUCCGCUGGAAGACGGAGGGUAUGCACUGGGAGGAUAUCGUGUGGGAUGCGAGUGACGUUGUGGGGAAGAUUCAUCCAGUUUUUGUCAUCCCGUUUAGGGCUGUUUAUGAGUGCAGGAGGUAUUUUGAGGGCAAGGAGGGCUUCUGA